AGGCUCUGUAAAGCUUCCGUAGAAGAAGAAGCAGCGGUGGCAGAGGAAAGUGACGAAGAAGAAUUUAACGGUUCCCGGUCGUUGAACCGCUCCGUCUCCACGGUGCCGGUGGCUUCUCGCUUGUUUUGGUUUCUUGUAUUGUGGCUCGCUGCUCCGCCUGCUCCACCCUGCUAACAAACCGCGAUGUUUAUCCAGCGGGUAGCUAUGUGUUGACACCUCCGCCCUCCAUUACGGAUCAUUACCGGGACCACCGACCCAGAGCGAUGGAGGAGGGCUCUGAAGUGAUGGAGGAUAUUGUAUUUCGAGGAGUGGAGUUUUCUGUAAAGAUCGAGGUGGACAAAGGUUUCCUGAUAGUGGAAAUCUCUGACUCAAUGACAGCGGAUCAAUGGAGAGGGGACUUUGAUCCAGCCUACAUUGAGGACCUCACCCGCAAAACUGGCAACUUCAAGCAGUUCCCUAUUUUCUGCAGCAUGUUGGAAUCAGCAGUUAGAAAGAUGAGUGAUUCUGUUACACUUGACCUCUUGACCUAUGCUGACCUGGAGCUGUUGCGUAACAGAAAAGCCGGAGUGGUUAGUCGUCCUCGCAGCCAUCAGCAGUCGUCUGCUCUCACCGCCAAAAGAUAUCUAAUCCUCAUAUACACUGUGGAGUUUGACAGGAUACACUACCCGUUGCCCCUCCCCUACGUGGGUAAACCCGACCCAGCUGCCCUCCAGAAGGAAGUCAGAGCUCUGAAGGCUGAGCUCAACACAGUCUCCUCUCAUGGGAUCAACAAAUCUGCAGAACUAGAAAUACAGCGGUUACGAGCAGAGCUGGCGCUGGUGAAAGAGGAGAAGGAGGCCAUGGGGAAGGUUCUGGAGCGACUGCAGGUCGGUGGAAGUGGUCCCACACCGGGACGAGAGGACUGGAGGGCCCGAGACGUUGUGAGGACGCUGGAGGAGCAACUUGUGAAAGAGAGAGCGAAGAGUCAGCGCUCAGCCAGCAAGAGGUGCCAGGAGCAGCGCCUCCUCAUAGAGCAGUUGGAGGAGCUGAGAGCUUCAGAGUGCACGCUCCGUGUCCGUGUCAAGAACCUGACCAGUGAACUGGCGUUGCUUCGGAGAGGGUUAGACAAUCUAAGCGUCAGAGUGACGCCCGUCAGCUCUCGGGUUGACGGGGAAAUCUACCGAUCUGUGUCCCGAGAGAGACGGUCGGGGUACGGGACGGUCCGGGCUCGCUCAGGAUCCAGAGAGCGGAUGGAGGACAGAGGUCAAAGGUCAGAGGAAAGAGGAAGAAGAGCAGACUCCUCGGGACCACGUGCUCGUAUACCCAGGCCGUCACCUUCGCCCACCGGGGCCCGGGUACAACGCUUUGACCCCACUGCUUACAUCCAGGACAGACAGCGCAGACAGAAAGAGGCAGAUCUCAAAAAACAGAGGAAGGUUCGGAGGGAGAUGCUGGCCUCGCCCAUCGUCCCUGAGAGGGGCCGCUCCCGCUCCAGAGAGGCCUAUCCUCAGGGGGCCCGGUCUGGCAGUAGAGGCAGGAGUCUGUCAUUGGAGCGGAGAGGGAGCAGAAACUCUUCUGAAAGCUCCUUAGUGGAUAUGGAUGAAAUGGCCAAAACUCUCUUCAGAGGAAGAAAACAGACCUACAAUGGACCCAAUGUGUCUCGGGGAGGCCUUUUAACCAGGAAGCAACUAUGCAGUACUCCAACACAGAGGAUGAAAGAGAGAGAGAGUUCUAUAGACACGGGUGCUGAGCUGUCGGAGAUCGAUGCCAGGCUGCUGGCCCUUCAGGAGUACAUGAGGGACCUGGAUACGGGACACUAACAACAACAACAACAACAACAACAACAACAAACGCGCUGCUCAAACCACUCCACGUCACCUGAAGACUGCACAGCUUGGAGCUCAAGCCAUCUUUAUUUUCUGUAGACAGACUGAGGAGAUCUGAGAUCCUUCUGGAGACUUCAGGAAUCUCAAGCCAUCACUGUGAAGAACUACUUUUAGUGGACUGAAAUUAUUUUUUUAAUAUACUGUGUUUUUAUGAAUUAACUUAAAAGAUGUCUGUGUUGUUAUCCUUUUCUUUUUUUGCACCUCACCAAACCAACUAAACCAGUUACAUGGACGUAGACUUUGACAGUCCUUAGGUAUUUAUUUUCAUUCCUUACUCGCUCGUUGGCGUUUUCUUUCCUUUUAUGGUAAUCCGAGAGCACAACACUCUUUUUUCCCCUGACUGCAUGCAUGUCAUCUAGAUCUGGUGGUUAAAUGUCAUUUCUGCUUAGGUCUGCGUUUUCAAUCUGUACGUGGUAUGUUCUUUCCUCACAUUACCAUUUUAAGCUUUAUGAACCUUUAACUAGUUGAUCCACAUAGUGCAUUAAAAUGUUACUUUUUCUACCUUUUUAACUGGAGUGGACCUAUUUCCCUUUAAAAGUUAUUAUCACCCAAACUCAAGCAGUAGAGGGUUUUGAGUGUAUUAACUCCAGUAGAUGGCAGUUGGCACGCCCCCAGUUUGGAGGAGCAGACAGAAAAAAUACACUACUGGUCAAAAGUUUUAGAACACACCAACUUUUCCAGAAUUUAAUUGAAAAUGAUGCAGUUUAAUGUCUCAGUGUACUCUGAAAUGAAUGCACAUUUGAAACAUUUAAAAUUCUUUAUUGAGCAUGAUAGUGUUUUGAAAGUAAAAAAAAAUAUUCAAAAUCACAUUUUAUGUUGGACUAAAGGACUAAAUAAAGACACAAAAUGACCAAAAAAAGACACAAAAUGACUUAAAAAAGACACAAAAUGACUUACAAAGACAUGAAAAGAAUUCAAAAAUGGACAAAAUAGCCCAAGACUCCAUAGAGUUAAGUUGUUAACCCAUUUCUUGUUCCCUGAAAAAGGCCUACGGUACUUGUAUAAUUCUGAAAUGUACAUUAUUUUUCAGUUUUGGUUAAGCUUACCUUUUUUUAUUUACCUCUGGCAGUUCACCACUUACCUUUGGACCCUUUCAAGCUGUUCAUUUGACUUGAACUGCUUGAAUUUCAAUAAAAAACUGGAAAAAUUGGGGUGUUCUAAAACUUUUGACCGGUAGUGUACUUUAGACACCUAAAAUUAAAUUAAGUUUAAGCAUGUAUGUAUGCUAUAUUUAGAAAAUGUGUCACUGCUUGGUGAUUUUUGAGUUUACAUGGCAACUCCUGUGUUCAUCACAGAACACAGGAGUUGAAAAAAUACAAGUUAUCCCUUUAAUCUUUGUAUAACUUAAUGUGAAAUAUAUUGUCAUUGUUAUAAGAUAUUUGCAUUUAAGUGUACAUAAAAUAUUACCACUGGUAAUCAUGCAUGCAAGUGUAUGAACACCGAGAGCUUUUUACGAUAGUCAAACUGCCAAAUUUUGUAUCAACUUCUGUGUAUGUGCACAAAGACUGUUCUUUUUUCCCCAGUUGAACACCUUUUAUACCACCUUAAAAUAUAAUUUAUAAGAAAUGUU